AUGACCCAGACGGUCAACGAAAGGGAGGAUCCCCUCAAUCUGGGCGGCGGCGGCUGGGCAUCCUCCAUCCCUUUGCGCACCUGGUCCUCCUACCAUCGAAGGCAGAGGGGCUCUCAGAUGUCCAAGCGGCGAUACCGCAAUGGCCCCAAAGCUGAGUAUGAGGCUACCAGGAAACAACCCAAGCAACAGCACAGCCCUGGCCCUUGGUUCCAACCACCCAGACGGCCCUACUGGGCCGUGUACUCCAACUGGGGGCGCUGCGGAGGGCACUGGCACCCACCCCUGAUGGCUUUCCAGAGCCCCUUGUGCCCAGCGCAGAUGAUCCGGGCCUAUGGUCUGCUCCCACUCUGCCUUUGCUGCUGCUGCUCCUGCUGGUGCUGGCCCUGCAACCCCGGUUGGGAAAGACCCCAGGGCAGAAAGAAGCGCUGGGGCCGCAGGGGCCGUGGCCUGCGCCGCCAGCCUCGUGGCUCCUUCCCGAGGAACCCACCUAUAGACCUGAGCAAGCUGCUGCGGCCGGUCAACCUUUACGGGUGGCGGGCGCCUGGGAUGCGAGCGCCAAGGAACACCACCCAGUUCAUCAUGAACCAGGUCUAUGAAGACAUGAGGCAGCAAGAGAAGCUGGAGCGCCAGCAGGCGGCGUUGAGAGCACAGCAAGCCCAGGUGGGCGGCACCACCCCGGGAGGCUCCACUGCCAAUGAGACGCCUCACAGCGGCGUCGAGGAAGACUCGCAGUUGCCGGAAGAUCUGUAUGGCUUCAUGCAGGAUCCCUCUCUAAUCUUAAGUCCUGCUCCAGUGCAGCAAAUCCAGUCUCCCACCCCGCAGCGGGUAGAGGAGGAGGAGGAAAAAAUUGAUGAUUGUGACGAGGUUUGUGAUGAAAAGGAGGAGAGUGAGGAGGAGGAAUAUAGAGAGACAGAGGAUGAAGAUGUGGAUGAGGAAGAAGUCGAAGAGGCUGACAAUGGGGAAGAAGGAGAAGAGAACCAAGAGGAGGAGGAGAUGUUGGAAGAGGAGGGGCUGCAGGAGGGAGAGCAGAGAGAGGAAGACAAAUUCUUGCCUCUGGGAAUGCCUUUGUCAGUCCUAGUAGGGGACGAAGAAGAGAGAGAGAACUUUAUAAACUAUGACUAUUUAAGCCCAGAACAAAUAAUUCCCAAUGUGCCAGAGGCAGAUCUGUUUAUGGUACCGGACAUUAGCCAUUAG